GGGCGGCGCAUGCGCGGGGAGGCUGCGCAGGCGGUCUGAGGGUAUCGGAAGGGAAACUGCGCACGGUGUGGAGCUGUGGCGUGAUGCGUUCGGUCCCGGGGCUGCAGGAGGACUGCGAGGAGCUGCUCGGCGCCUUCCAGGAGGCCGACACCGUCCGCUUCGAGCGUUUCGCCGAGAUGUGGCGGGAGCGCCGCUUUCACACCAUUUUCUAUGGUAGAAUAAGAGCUUUGGAGAGGAAUAAGCUCACAAAGAUGACUUUAGAGCUGGCACAGCAGUACUUCUUGCCCCCAUACGCUUUCCAGAUUCGAGUUGGUGCUCUGUACCUUUUAUAUGGGCUCUAUAAUACACAGCUUUGCCAGCCAAAGCAAAAGAUCAGAAUUGCACUCAAGGAUUGGCCUGAAAUCCAGAGAUUUCAACAGGAUCUGAUAGACUCCCAGCAUUAUGAUGCAGCAUACAUCUUUAGGACGCUGCGACUCGCCAGAGCAUUCCAUUUCACAGCAAUGCCAAAGCUGUUAAACUACCGAACUAAGAAGAAAAUCGAGGAAAAGCAAUUUAAGGAAGAAUUUAAGGACCCAAAUAAUAGAGUGAACAGCCUCAUCACCAAUGAUGUAUUGGAGGAACUAAUGAAUAUUCAUGAACAUUAUCAGAAAAUGAAGUGUGUCAUUUCAGCUGACAAAUCCCAGCCAGACAAGGCACUGAGCUUGAUAAAAGACGAAUUUGUAGUUAAUCUUAAAGACAUAACAUUGGAACAUCAGGAGUGGCAGCAGAACAGACUGAAAUUAUUCCGAAAUGUUAAAGAAACUGGUGAAAUAUCAACUAAAAAGAAGGAAGAAACUUUGCUAGAAUCAGAGGGCUCUGAAAGAGCAAAUGCAUUGGCUAGAAUCAAAUACAAGUCUUACUCUGCAGUUGCUGAGGCUUCCAAAUCCAGAAGACAUCGUCAAGUAAAGUUAGAUUCCUCUGAAUCAGGAUUGAAUUCUGGGAAAUCUCCAAACAGAAGUAGAAGAAAGAAGAGACCACAGCCAACAAGAAGAGAUUCUUUGCAGAUGAAAGGUGAAAUGCAAAUGCCAAAGGAAGCUGUUACUCGGCAUAUUGGAAUGCCUGUUAUCAAAGAGGAAACCUCAGAUGAAGAAGAAGUAUCUAUCCCCAAGAGCAAAAGAAGAUGUUAAAGGAUCCAGUCAGAGAAGCACUAACAUUAGUUCCAAUGAUAAAAUGUUGGAGGUAAUACAAAGUGCAUUGAGUGUGCAACAAGAAGUGUCUGGGACCAGAAUUACAGGUGAUGCUGGAGUACUGGUAAUGACUGGUAUUCCUUAGCUGUCUCAUGGUACAGCACCUCAUGAAUACUUCUUGUGGAGACAAGUUACUGUGGCCUGUUUGAAGUGAGAAGAGAAGAUGGUUCCAUGUUGUGUGUCUUGUACAAUGUGGGUUACCAUUUGGAACUCGUGUUGACCUGUGUGAAGGUUUUAACUGAGACUUAAAAGGACAGCUACACAGUACUUGUCUGCUUGAGAUGUGUUUGUAACCUUUUAUUUCUUAGUAUAAAACUAAGGUUAUUGACUGUUAAAAAUCAGUAUAAUAAAUUGUUUUUUACAGUUUA